CCAUGGCAUCGUUCGGACCGGCGAAUUUGCCGAACUCGGAGAACCAGCUGCAGGCCAGCCAAGGCACGGCGAUCUUCAGCUACACCUGCAUCGGCCUCACGGGCGCCGCGCUCUUCUCCGUCGCCUUCUUCUUCUGCUAUCAAUUCCGCAACCGAGCACCGGUGGCCGCCGCCGGGGCAGCGGCCGGCACCGGUGGUCGCGGUCGCAUCGUGGACCUCGCGAAGCUUCCGGAGUUCGCGUACACCAAGUCUGCAAGGCACAGCGGACGCGGCGACGGUGCGCAGUGCUCUGUGUGCAUCGGCACGGUGGAGGGCGGCGAGAUGGUGCGGCAACUGCCGUUGUGCAAGCACCUGUACCACGUGGAGUGUAUCGACAUGUGGCUGGCGUCGCACGACACGUGCCCGCUUUGCCGCGCGGAGGUUGAGCCGCCGGACGACGACGGUCAACCAGCGAUGACGACGGAGCUGCCGGUGUAGGGCGCCACCCUGGCGGUUGUCGUAGUUGGUCUCCGGCAAGGUGCAUGCAAAUUAGUUGUAGCUUGUCACAUGUGUGCCAGUUCUCCUUAUCGGUUAAUAUACAGCAUCAACAUGUACAGUAGUUGUAGUAAUUAACAUGUAAAUGCAUUUCCAUUCAUACGAAAGUUUUUCCGGGUA